GCUAGAGACCUUAGUUGACAGGAUCCUGUCCGGAUUCUGUAAGUCUUUAGACUGAGUCAAUAGGUCGUGUCAGUCAGGGGGUGGAGUCUAAGUGGUGAGGAGUGGAACCGUAUCUGGUUGUGCACCUGACACCAUGGUUGAUACACGUAGUGGCAAGAGUACUGCCCCACAAUCCGAAGCCGAGCAUACUCGGAUCGCUGCCAUUCUGAGGGAGAGAAAUGAGAACGAGUUCCUCAAGCAGGUGAAGUUAAAGGCGAUAGCGGAGGAGCAGGCAGCGAAGAAGAAGAAGUUAGAAGAAGAGAUGAUAAUAUUACAGAAGGAGAAGAUGAUGAUGCUACAGCAGGAGGAGGAAGAGAAGAGGAAGGUUGCUGAAGAGGAAGCAGCAGAAGAGGAGGAAGUGGAAGAAGAACCCCUUGAAAGGAGACGAGGGGGAGACAGAGGAGAGACAAGUGGCACAAAGGAGGAGGACAAGUGGAUGGAGAAAAAGAUUAGCGAAUGGGUGGCUAACUUAUCGUUGGGGGAAGACGAAGAGGCACAGUUAGAGUUUGCGUGUGACGUGGUGACCCACGUCGGGACCGAGGUUAAGAGGUUGAAGGAAGGCGUAGACAAGUUCUGCGCAGGCGCUAUUGAAAGCGCCAAAGUGGUGGUCACAGCAGAGGCCGCGGCGCGUCCCCGCAAAGAGCCUAUAAAGCUCAAAUUCCCUGACGCAUACAGCGGAAAGAAGGACGAUAGCUUUGAUAACUGGGAGGCCAAUAUCAAUACAUACGUGUAUCUGCAGCAUAUCGCCCCCGAGGAGCAAGUCCUCGUCGCCUUCCAUGCAUUGAAGGACAAAGCAGCAGCUUCGCAAGGUCCCUCGCGCGUCUUGCAGAAACUGAGAGAGUCAAACUUCAAGAUCAAUGCGAAGAAGUGUGAGUGGGCCAAAACACAAGUCUUGUACUUGGGCCACGUUUUAGACGGAGAUGGCAUUAAGCCUGAGGACAGUAAGAUAGCGGCGAUUAGGGAUUGGCCGACGCCCAGCACGUUGACUGAGUUGCGGUCGUUCCUAGGCCUAGCUAACUACUAUAGGAAGUUCGUGAGGAACUUCUCGACUAUCGCCGCUCCCCUUCGCAGGUUGCUCAAGAAAGAGGCAAUCUGGCAGUGGGAUAAAGAUUGUACGUCUGCGCUAAAGAAGUUGAAGCGCGCAUUAAUAGAGUAUCCUGUCCUCAAAGUAGCAGAUCCGUCCUUGCCAUUUGUCGUCACCACGGGCGUGAGUCAGUAUGGUAUAGGCGCCGUGUUACAGCAGGACGAUGGCAAUGGCUACAGACCCGUAGAGUUCAUGUCAGCGAGGAUGCCCUCAGAGAAGGUUGCUACCUCGACGUAUGAGAGGGAACUCUACGCUCUCAGGCAGGCCUUAGAGCAUUGGAAGCACUACUUGCUUGGGAGGCACUUCAAGGUGUAUUCAAACCAUGAGACCCUUAGAUGGCUGAGGACACAGGCCAAGAUGACACCUAAGUUGACUAGGUGGGCCGCUGAGAUAGACCAGUACGACUUUGAGCUCAAGCCAGUUAAGGGCAAGUACAAUGUAGUUGCGGAUGCUCUGAGUAAGAGAUCAGACUACUUUGGAGCUAUAGUUCACUAUCUGGACAUAGGGAGUGACCUGCAGGAGAAAGACAAAGCGUAUGCACAGGCCCCUAUUUAUAGUGACCUCAAAAGAGUCAAGGAGGCCCCAGAGACCGAACCAGACUACCGCCGUACAGAAGGACUGUUGUUUGAGAAGACUGAUGUAGUACGCGUGUGCGUCCCUAACAGCGCGGAGAUUCGUAGUUUGAUACUAGGGGAAUGCCGCGACACAGAGGGACAUUUCGGUUGGCAAAAGACUCUAGCCAAUCUGAUGUAUGCAUACCUGGCCAGGAAUGAAAGCUGACUACAUAGAGCAUGUCCGCAGUUGCAAAGUAUGCCAGAGAAACAACAGUACUACGCGAUCCCCUCUUGGUCUUCUCAGACCCUUGCCUAUGCGAGACCAGCCCGGAGACUC